UUAUAGACUCUUCGCAGUAAAAUGCGGGUCCUGCCUAGACACCAUCACUCCCAGUGAGUUUGUCAUGAGGGCACAAAAGAGUGUUUAUCAUCUCUCCUGCUUCUGCUGCUGUGUAUGUGAGAGGCAGCUUCAGAAAGGUGAUGAGUUUGUGCUGAAAGAUGGACAGCUUCUCUGUAAAAGUGACUAUGAAAGAGAACGGGAUCUGCUCAGCCUGGUGAGCCCGGCGGCCUCUGACUCAGUGUCUUUUCACUUACCAUCAGGUAAAAGUGAUGAUGAUGAAGAUGGCGGAAAAUUUGAAGACAGCAAAGGAGAAGAUGGCAAAGAUCAGAAAAGGCCUAAGAGACCCAGAACCAUUCUGACAACACAGCAGCGUAGAGCCUUUAAAGCGUCAUUUGAGGUCUCCUCCAAGCCAUGCAGAAAGGUGAGAGAGACACUUGCGGCAGAAACUGGUCUUAGUGUUCGUGUGGUACAAGUCUGGUUCCAAAAUCAACGAGCAAAGAUGAAGAAGUUGGCAAGGAGACAACAGCAACAGCAACAGCAGCAAGAUCAGCAAAACCCUUCACGGAGUUCAAGUAACUCCAGUAUUGAAGGAAUCAUGAAUGUGUUCACAUCUCUUCCUCAACAACAACUACUGUCUGUGGAACAGAACAUGUACAGUACAGACCCAUUCCAGCAAGGUCUCACUCCACCACAGAUGCCAGGAGACCACAUGCAUCCUUAUGGUGGAGAGACCCUGUUCCAUGAUAUGGAUAGCGAUGAUGCAUCUCUCAGCCUUGGUGAAUGUCUCUUAGCAGCACCAGAAGUAGGUUCUCUGCAAUCCAGAGUGGGGAAUCCCAUUGAUCGUCUCUACUCCAUGCAAAACUCCUAUUUUACAUCCUGA